UCCCAUUCUUCUUCACUUAUUACAGAAUAACAAACAUGCGUAUACCGAAAGUCGCCACACGGAUAAAAGCAAUUACUUUUGAUGCUCAUAAUACGCUCUUCAAACCGAAAGGGAGUAUGGCAUGGAUCUAUGUCAGCGAAGCUUCUCGUUACGGACUAAAUUUGAAAGAGGAAGAUAUCCUAGCCGGAUUUCGUACUGCUUACAAAGACCAGCUAAAGCAACAUACUCUUUACGGACAUUCAACGGGAAAAACAACACGAUCGUGGUGGGAAGAGGUGGUAUAUAAUACGUUCAUUCAUGCCGGAGUGCCUAAAAACGAAUUGGAUGCAUCGUUUAAUCCAAUGUUCAAUGGAUUGUAUGAUCGGUUUGCCACGAAAGAAGGCUACGAAGCUUUUCCCGACGUCAUUGCCGCCCUAACCCAGCUGAAGGCUUCGGGACUAAAAAUGGGCGUCAUUAGCAAUACAGACGAACGCGUUGUGGACAUUGUUCGGAACCUGGAGUUGAGCCAAUUUUUCAACUUUGUGCUGCCCAGCGUUGUAGCGGGCUAUGAGAAACCGGACAAGCAUAUUUUCGAUCAGGCACGAUCCAUGUUCGGAACUGACAUUGCACCACAAGACAUAGUCCACGUCGGUGACGAUGAGCGAAAGGAUUACUAUGGUGCCUUGAACGCUGGAUGGAAUGCCGUUCUACUUGAAAGAGAAAAAUUGAAGGAAUCCAUCCCAGAAGAACCCGGUGAUGAUUUACCGCGCAGCUCAGACUUUAAAAGCAUCCUAACCCUUCACGAACUGUAUCCAUAUUUAUGCGAACAUUUUAAGCCAUAUUAAUACGCAAGGAUUACAAGCAGCAGAUAGUGUACAUAUGCAACAUUUUGAUAGAUCAACGUAUCGAAUAGCAAUAAUCCAAAACCCCAACGCUACGUUGUAUAGAAUACAGGAAUCGCAGAUCAUUAUCGCAAAGUUUCUUGAAUCCUUAAUAAUAUGGUAAUCUAUCUUGCUGACACUAUUCGUCACAUGGAUUCCUAUCAUAUAUGAACAAGUCGAACUAUUGUAAUUGGUUUACUUCGUCUAUCUGGUUGGAACAAUUUGAGCAGUGCGUACUUCAAACUCAGUUGGCCGAAAAUGGGGGCCAAUUCGGUGGUUG